AUGCUUCGUAUCGAGUCAAAUCAAAAGAAAAGUGAAUGGGCUGAGGAGUUGUGGCGACUGCAAUUAAUUUUAAAUAUCACAAAACAAAAGACAACGCAGUAUUCUCCCUUAAACUUGUUGAUCGGGUCCGAAAAUGCAUUACCGGUAGUCCGCUCGUUAAUACGCGAUGUGGCUUUAGAAAAUUCUACUGACAAUCGUGAGUCAUUACGCGAAUUACGAAGACAGAGGACGACCGAACGGUUGACACGAAAUCAAGCCGAACAAGAUCGACGGGUGAACGAAGAUCGUGAGCCUCCCCGCAUCUAUAAAUUUAAUGAUCUCGUAUUUGUGAUCAAGUACUCCCAGUCACAGGGCAAGUUGGAUCCAGGAAUGCGUGGACCUUACCGAAUUACCCGAGUGCUCGAUCAUGGGCGCUACGAGCUGAAGCUGGUCAGCGGAGCAUACGGCAAGGUUACUUAUGCGGCCGCGCAGUACCUGGUGCCCUGGAGAGGAGAGUGGACCCCGGAGACCUGCGCAGCAUUCUUUGAGGGAGAGGAGAAUGAUGACGUCUCAGCAGAUGCCGUAACUGCUCAGUCCGAUCCUACUCAAGAACAACCCGGUCCAUCAUCGAAGCCUGACGAGGACGUCAGACUGUCAGGAGAGGCCGUGUUAGCGGCAACACCAGAAGCUGAUUCACCUAGCCACCCCCCUACCUCUCAGAGUGUAUAAAAACUGCCUCGCCACGUGACUCGUUCUCUUUUUCCCUUGAGAAUUCGU